AUGGUCGGCCGACAGAACACGCGCUCCUCUCACGAUGGAGCAAGGUCAACGCGCACCUCGAAGCGCUAUUCCAUGACGGCUUUGUACCUGUCUAUGAAUGCAAACCCGCGCGAACUUGAAAUCGAAGACGACCUUGCACGCGUCCUCCGUGAUCUCAAAUCCAAGAUCUCAUCGCAGUCCAAGAAGAACUUUGUGCUGGAGAAAGAUGUGCGAUACCUCGACUCGAGAAUUGCUCUGCUCGUGCAGAACCGCAUGGCCCUGGAGGAGUCCGACGAACUUACCGAGGGUGCUUUCCCUAACGAUGACAAGACGCAGAAGUACGGCAACCUGUUAUUCCUACUUCAGUCCGAACCGAAACACAUUGCACAUCUGUGUCGCCUAGUGACGCUGGCCGAAAUCGACCAAUUGCUCCAGACAGUCAUGUUCACCAUCUACGGCAACCAGUACGAGAGUCGUGAAGAGCACCUGCUGCUCACCAUGUUCCAGUCUGUCCUGACCUACCAAUUCGACAACACUCCCGAUUACUCCUCCCUUCUUCGAGCCAAUACUCCCGUCUCUCGCAUGAUGACCACAUAUACACGCAGAGGACCAGGUCAAGGUUAUCUCAAGACGGUACUCUCCGAACAAAUCAACUAUGUCACAAGCAAGUUGCGCGAUGUUGAUCUCGAGAUCAACCCCUUGAAGGUGUACGAGACAAUGAUGGCUGAGCGUGCCUCAAUCCGCGGUUCCACUUCGAGUCUGCCCCCUGGAGGCGUCACGGCCGAAGAAGCCGCUGCAAACCCACAAGUCCAAGCCAUCAUCAGCCGCAGGGUUGGUCAAUUAAUCCAGCUUGCCAACUACUUCCUCGACACGAUUGUCAACGGCAUGGACGAGACGCCAUACGGUAUUCGAUGGAUAUGCAAACAGAUUAGGAGUCUCUCAAGGAGAAAAUACCCGGAUGCUCAAGACCAGACCAUCUGUACCUUGAUCGGUGGUUUCUUCUUCCUGCGUUUCAUCAACCCCGCCAUAGUCACUCCCAGGUCGUAUAUGCUUAUUGAGCAGAACCCUGCCGAGAACCCCAAGCGUACUCUUACUUUGGUCGCGAAGAUGCUCCAAAACCUCGCCAACAAGCCCUCCUACGCAAAAGAACCGUACAUGUCCGUGCUUCAACCGUUCAUCCAGCAAAACAAAGAGCGCAUGAAUAAGUUUCUGCUCGAUUUGUGCGAGGUUCAAGACUUUUACGAGACACUCGAAAUGGACAACUACGUCGCCCUCUCCAAGAAGGACCUCGAAUUGCCCAUCUCGCUCAACGAAGUCUACGCUAUGCACGCACUUCUCGAAAAGCAUACUCAAGAGUUGGUAUCAAAAGACGAGGGAUCACAUUUGAAGAUCUUGUUGCAAGAUCUGGGCCCAGCACCAGCACAACUGCCAAGAAAAGAAAAUCGUGCCAUCAACCUCCCACUGUACAGCAAAUGGGAGACGGCUCUCGACGAUCUUACAGCUGCACUCGACAUUACUCAAGAGGAGGUUUUCUUCAUGGAAGCAAAGUCGACAUUUGUCAUGAUCUUGCGCUCUUUGCCUUCGAAUGCAGUGGUUGCACGACGACCGCUUCGUCUCGACAGAGUUGCUGAAGCAGCUGCCACUACAAAGAACGACUCGGUCAUGGUGCGCAAAGGUAUCCGUAGCAUGGAGCUGCUAAGCCAAUUGAACGAUAUGGGCAUGAUCGACAAAGCAGACAACUACGCAUCUCUUCGUGACGAAGUUGAGCAAGAGUUAAACCAUCUCGGCUCGUUGAAGGACAGAGUCUUGACCGAAAGUCAAAAGCUCGAGGAGGUGUAUCAGACGAUUCGGGACCAUAACGCAUAUCUUGUCGGCCAGCUCGAGACUUACAAGUCGUAUUUGCACAACGUCAGAGGCCAGUCCGAAGGAACCACCAAGCGAGUGCAAAACCAANAAGUGCUUGGACCAUACAAGUUCACGCAUGCUCAGCUGGAGAAGGAAGGCGUCAUCCAGAAGAGCAAUGUGCCCCCGAAUCGACAAGCGAACAUCUAUUUCAAUAUGACCAGCCCGAGUCCCGGAACAUUCAUCAUCUCCUUGCAUUAUAAGGGUUUACUGGAACUCGACUUGAAACUGGACGACUUGCUCGAAAUGCAGAAAGACAGCCAAGAAGAUCUCGAUCUCGAGUACGUGCAGUUCAAUGUGUCGAAGCUGCUCGUCCAUCUCAACAAGAAGUUCGCACGGAAACGAGGCUGGUAG